GAACUCUUUAAUUUAGAGGUUCCUGUCAAAACAAAACAAAUAAUGGAGGAAGUGUGUAAGCAGAUUUCAGCCAAGUAUCCCCGCACAAGUGACAAGUUCAUCCAGUAUGGAACGGCGGGGUUCAGAACAAAAGGAGUUGAUUUGCCCCAUGUCAUUUGCCGGAUGGGAGCACUGGCUGUGCUCAGGUCAAAGCUGAAAAAAGCAAGUAUUGGUGUGAUGAUUACUGCAUCCCACAACCCUGAGGAAGACAAUGGUGUGAAGCUGGUCGACCCAAUGGGAGAAAUGCUGGAGCUGGCCUGGGAAAAACAUGCAACCACACUGGCUAACGUGAGUGAUUUCCAACUGGUGGAGAUGGUGUCUAGUAUCGUUCAGCAGGAGAACAUCGACCUGUCAGCUGAGGCCAGCGUAAUCUUCGCCAGGGAUACAAGAUCCAGCAGCGUGGAGCUGUCACAGGCCUUGCAACAUGGAAUUGCAGCCAUGAAAGCAGACUUUUGUGAUUUUGGACUGUUGACAACCCCGCAGCUUCACUACAUGGUACGAUGUCGCAACACUGCCGAGAAGUACGGCCAUCCCUCAGAGAAUGGAUAUUACACGAAACUGGCCAACGCAUUCAUCAAACUGCGACAAAAGUUGUCUGACACUGGCAAGUACAGCAGCGAGGUAUAUAUAGAUGCAGCUAAUGGUGUGGGUGCGGGGAAGGUGCUAGAAUUAGCGAAACAUCUUGGGGAGUCUCUUACCAUCAAUGUCCUCAAUGAUGGCACAAACGGGAAACUCAAUCAUAAGUGUGGAGCUGACUAUGUGAAGAUAAACCAGUGUGCACCAGACGGUUUGACUCUCAAAGAGGGGAUGAAGUGUGCAUCGUUUGACGGAGACGCCGACAGAAUCGUCUAUUUCUUCCAAGGUGCAGGUGAUGGAAAGUUCUGCCUGAUGGAUGGAGAUAAGAUAGCAACAUUGGUAGGGGGUUACCUCAAAUCCCUAGUGGCUCAGACUGGCCUUAGCCUUGAUGUGGGGGUUGUCCAGACCGCUUACGCCAACGGCAGCUCCACCAAGUACAUAUCUCAGACUCUGAAAGUGCCGGUGGUGUGUGUAGCCACGGGUGUCAAACACCUUCAUCACCGUGCCCUGCAGUUUGACAUCGGUGUCUACUUUGAGGCCAAUGGACACGGAACUGUGAUUUUCAAUGGGGAUACAGAAGCCCGCAUUCAGCAAACUAGCACCGAUGCAAGCGUGGCAGAGGCCCAGCGUGAGGCUUCAGGACAGCUGCUCACUGUCAUAGAUCUCAUUAACCAGACUGUUGGUGAUGCAAUGUCAGACCUGCUGCUGGCAGAAUUGAUACUUUGUAGCCAGGGGUGGGAUAUGGCUGCCUGGAGGGACUGCUACACUGACCUUCCUAACAGGCAGGUCAAGGUCAAGGUGAAGGAUCGCAAUGUAAUCAAAACUACAGCAGAUGAGACCCAGGCGCUGUCUCCUGAAGGUCUGCAGGCAGGGAUUGACAACCUUGUGGCCAAGUACUGUAGUGGACGUUCAUUUGUCAGGCCUUCCGGUACAGAAGAUAUUGUCAGAGUCUAUGCAGAGGCUGACACGCAGGAGAAUGCGGACAAUUUGGCCCUGCAGGUUUGCCAGCUUGUGUAUGACAUGGCAGCGGGGAUCGGGGAAAGACCAUAGACAGGGGAACCAGUUACAGACUUGGAGCCCCCAUGAUAUCAAUGUACGCGAUACAGGGGGCAGAUCAUUGACAUGACUAACAGACUGUGAUAAUGUACAUCUGGAUUUAUGUAUUAUGUGCCUUCACAAUCAUACUGGAGGCAAAGAGAAAUUCACAGUCACCUGAUUUUCAGACAAUUUCAUUUAACUAUAUCGUAUAUUCUGAAAUUAAUUAUCCUUUUUUCCUGAAAAUACCAGAUACCUUAAUUUUGUAAGUUUCACAACCUGUCUCUGUUUUUUUUAUACUUCUCUUUGAUUAUUGGAUGUGAGGGAUGUGUUUUAUGUUAUGGAUCAUGAAAUGAUCACAAUGAAAUGUACUAGAGCAACAUUGUACAGGUGAUGGGAUCUAUAUAAAUACCAUGGUAGUAGAAAACACGCUAGUUUUGACUACUUAUACUAGUUUAGUGAUUGGAUGGUGUCAAUAAGACCUUUGAAGACUAACUAUGUCAAGUCAGCUUACGAUGAGCUCACAUAGCAGUUUGGUGUUCGUGGGCCUGUGUGAGAAUGCAUCCGUCUGGUUCUGGCUUAUAAAGGUCAAGGUCUUUGGUCAAAACCCCUUUGAUUUUGGCUUGUCCGGGCUGUAACUUGCUGAUGGUCAAAUAUUUAAAUAUUCUUUAUGGCUUGUUCGACAUCACUGUCAUGUAAAGCCAUCAACUUGACAUCAAUUACAUUCAAGGUAAAAGAGCAAUCUUCCUCAGCACCGUUCUAUGAUUGUGACAUUGGUGGGCUUAACAUUGUUGGCGAUUUGUCAACAAGCAUCUAGUAUUUUUGAUGUAGGUAGUAUAGAAGUGAUUUAUAUUGGAAGAAUAUAUCACUUUAUUCUUGCUUUAUUUUUACCUAAGGCCUAAAAAAAUAUGUCUGUUUUGGGUAACCCGACCCUACCUAUAAAAUAAAAAUGCGCCGACCCUAACUAUUUUUUUCUGUUUCUGAGCAAAUAGAGAGUUACGAAGGGCAGAUAAAUGCGAAUUGGACGAUCAGAAUUAUUGUUUAUAUGAUAAAACAAAGUCAGGCAAUGACAGUUAUGUAGGAAAGAGUGCCAUGUGCAAGGAAACACUCUGAACUUAAGACAGAUUUUGAAAAAAAAAAAAUCCCUACCUACCCUACCUAAAAAUUUUGGGAAGGUUACCCUAAACAAACAUUUAUUUUUUUUUUGGCCUAACUGUAAAUGUAUUUUAAUAACUCUUGACAACCUGAUUCAUAAGUGUGUUUUGAAAUGUGGAAAAAAUAUCAUUUUCCACUAUAAAUAUAUUAUUGUGUGUGAUGCUGGUCCUUGCUCUUUAGAUAUAAAAUGCCAAAUUAGUCAAAACAAAUAGUUACUAGUAUCUUGAAUCAUUAUCAUCCGUUGUUGAACUUGAAUAUUUUGUUAGAAAUAAUGAUGUAAACAAGCAUUCAUUUUUAUUAGUUAUUCACAAGUCCUUUGUUAUUCUUUUAUGAAACGAUAUAUUGAGAUUUGUAUCAUGUUAGCUGAUAGAUAAUGACGUGUUUGCCGCAAUACCCAUCCCUGCAAAUUAAUAUCAGUAAAUAGAAUGUGUUAUGUUUUGUGUUCUGUUGAUAGCCUUACAUAAAAUACUGGAUGUGCCAUAUCAUUUUGUCUUACAGUAUAUGAAACUAAUUGUAUAAGCAGAGCUUAUUAUGCAUUGUUAUGUAUGGUUGUGGAGUUACAAAUGUUUUAAAUUGUAUACAUGUCAAUAUAUCGAAUAUAAUA